AUGGAAAAUCUACGUACUUUACUGGGAGCCAGUAUUUCUGGAUAUGCGGAGCAUCCACCUGAGGGCUGCACCUUCUACGAUAUUGAUACCAAAUUGGACACGCUGGUUCAAGUUUGGAAGCAGUUUGUAAGCCUUGGUGACGAACUUUAUAAAUAUGAAGAUGUGCAGGGAUAUGUGGAUCCAGCAAGUGACAACAAUGUAUAUGAGGAGCGCUUUGAACGAGCUUGUGCUCUUCUUAAGACACUACAUGCUGAGUACAAACCCCACAAACUGGAAGAAGCCAAUACCACAACUAAUGUGCUUGGGGAAGUAGAUAAUUCACCCAUCCAAGGCAUUUUACAACAAAUACAGCAACAGUCUUAUAUGCAAAUACAACAAUUACAGCAACAAUCUCAGAUGCAAAUGCAGACUAUGGAGCACCUAAUACAACGACUGCUACCACAGCAGGUGGAUAACGAGUCACCGUCAGGCUCACAGCAAGGCGCAGGACCAUCAGUGAAGGAUUGGGAACUGCCACGGAUUCAUAUCACACCAUUUGAUGGAGAUUAUAAGGAAUGGCACGCAUUUAAGGGUCUAUUCGACAGUGCCGUUCACAGCAAGACAACGUUGACGAAUAUCCAGAAGUAUCAUCACUUAAAAUCUUGUUUAAAAGGAGAAGCUGCGAAACUUAUUCAGCAUCUGCCCUUAGCCGAUGCCAACUAUGAAAUAGCUUGGAAUUCAUUAGUUGAUCGGUACGAGAAGCCUCGCUAUUUGGUAAACGUGUUGCUGGAUACAUUUACUGGACUGCCCAAGGUUGCGGAUCAAAACCCAGCAUCGCUUCGAUCGCUAACAAACGAAGCUGGUACCGUAAUUCGGGCAUUAGACGCCUCUGGACAAACGGAUCGGGAUUGUUGGCUGAUUUACUUGCUCAUGGCAAAGGUUGAUGACACCACACGUCGUGAAUGGUACGAAAAGAGUCAAGAUAUAGCAAAUCCUACGAUAACGCAGUUGCUCAAGUUCCUGGAUGCACGUUGUGAUCGGCUGGAGCUCAGUCAAUCUGCAACUACGACAAGCAGCAAGCCUAGACAGGACAGAGGUACCAGGAACGCACAUGCGCUACUCGCCACUUCAGAGCGCUGUGCAAAGUGCAACAAGGAACACGCAUUGAUGGCAUGUACACAAUUUUUGGAUUUAUCUAUUCAGCAGCGAUAUGCCUUUGCAAAGUCCAAACACAUGUGCUUUAAUUGUUUGAGACUUGGCCAUGGAGUGAACGCUUGCACAUCGAAGUCAUCUUGUAAGCAUUGCAAGCGCCGACAUCACUCACUCUUGCACUUCGACCAACGUAACACUAAGGACAAGGAUGACCCACAGCAACAUCAGCAGGAUGAUUCAAAUGAGGCACCAGGUGCUAGCACAGUAGUAGCACUGACGAACGCCGUUAAUACUUCAAAAGGUGGCAAGGGUGCAAAUAUGAGAAGUACACUGCCAACGGCGCAGGUGUAUGUGCGCAAUUCUCGAGGACAAGACGUUGUUUGCCGCAUAUUGUUGGACUGCGGCUCGGAGUUGUCCUACGUUUCGGAACGGUGUAUCCAGACAUUGGGUCUGGCCCGUUCACACUCUCGCAUCUCUAUAUCUGGAAUAUCAUCAAUCAAGGCAGAAACAACAAGAGGGCUCUGUUCACUACAUAUCAAGUCGCGAGUGUCAGAUGCAUCUCUUGUGGUCAAGGCACACGUGCUUGGAAACAUUACUUCGACACUGAUGAGAGAAACUAUAAAUGCAGCAGACCUCUCUAUGUUUAGCGGCCACACCCUGGCAGACGCCGCAUUUAAUACCAACGCUUCAAUCGACAUUUUGCUUGGUAACGAUCACAUUUGGACGGUUCUUACUGGAGAUAAGCUGUGUAAUCUUCAGGGGAACACAAUUGCUAUUGAUUCAAUAUUUGGAUGGAUCAUCACAUCAGUGGCAGGAGCGUGUACAACCACAACUACGUCACUCCUAGCUACCAUGGACAUCAACACAUUGUUGCAACGGUUUUGGGAACUGGAAGAACUUCCAUCGUUCACGUCUGCCAAUAAAGAAGAUGAGUUAGUGGAGACUCAUUUCGUCCAAACACACUCCCGUAAUGCCGAAGGGAGAUACAUCGUCGAGCUACCAUUCAAGCAAGGGAACCCAGAGUUUGCAGACACCUAUCAUGGAGCCAAGUCUCGCUUCUUGGCAGUUGAGCGUCGUUUAAUGAGGGAUGCAGCUUUACGAUCGAAGUAUGUGCAAUUCAUGAGGGAGUACAUACAACUGGAUCACAUGAAGGAGGUGGAUGCAGAAGAAGACGCCACUUCGAAGAAGGUUUUCUACAUGCCGCACCAUCCAGUGCUAGGGGCAAAGCUGCGUGUGGUAUUUGAUGGCUCAUUUCAAGACCAAGAUGGUCGGUCUCUAAACGAUGCGCUUCAUAUUGGUCCAUGUAUACAACGCAAUCUCUUCAACGUAUGCAUGAGGUUUCGAAUGCACAAGUUUGUAUUUUCGGCUGAUAUUGUGAAGAUGUUUAGACAAAUUUUGGUUGCAUCUAAACAUCAGGACUUUCAACGAAUAUUAUGGAGAGAACAUCCGUCAGCACCAUUGAAACACUUCAGACUCUGCACAGUUACAUACGGGACUGCGUCUGCGCCAUUCCUCGCAGUCCGGGUGUUAGAACAACUUGCCAAGGACCACGAGAAUGAGUUUCCUAGAGCAGCUAAGAUAUUACUUGAGGAUUUCUACGUGGACGAUGUAUUAACAGGAGCCAUGACAGAGGAAGAACUUAUUGACAUUCAAACUGAGCUGGUUGCACUCAUGUCACGUGCGCAACUGGAAUUGGGAAAAUGGAUCUCAAAUAGCACACGACUAUGCACCGCGCAAGGUGAUAGAGUCAGCAUGUCAACAGCAACAUCAAAGGUAUUAGGACUACAUUGGGAUCCUGGAGAAGACAACCUUGCAUACAACAUUGUAUUAUCGGAGACUGCAAGCUGCACAAAGCGACAAGUGCUAUCCGAUGUAGCACACAUUUUUGAUCCUCUGGGCAUUUUGGCACCAGUGGUAGUCCAAUUCAAGAUUCUACUGCAAGAACUUUGGUUGCUUGAUUUGGAUUGGGACUCUGAACUUCCGAUGAAACAGGCGCACUCUUGGCAGAUGCAUCGCAAGGACAUUUCGUCGCUACAACAGCUCAAGAUACCUCGCUUCAUAGACAGUCACAUGGAUCACAUCGAGUUACAUGCAUUCUCAGACGCUUCGCUUAAGGCAUACUCUGCGGUCGUCUACAGCAGAGUUGAGUAUAGUGACGGCUCUAUAGGAGUAUAUCUUGUUGCUGCUAAGACUCGCGUCGCACCUUUAAAACUAGCAACGCGGCCACGCCUCGAACUGUGUGGAGCUCUACUGCUGACUAGACUUGUUAAGGCAAUUCAAGCUAGUUUGGGCAAGAAGGAAGUGAAGCAUUGCAGCAACGACCCAAAUGGUCUACCAAAAUGCCUAACAUAUCCCUUGGAGACAUUGUACUCAUCAAGGAUUCGCAUACGCCUCCAGCAACAUGGAACUUAG